UCGAAGUCGAUAGGUUUUAUACGAACUUCCGCGACGAGUCGAACGAUCAUUUUUUUUAAUGAACUCAAGCUGAAUUGGGCUAAAUUGGCGAUAUCGAUUAAUGCACAAUCAGCACGAUACGUUUACGUCUGACCAAUCUUCAACGUGUAAACCCGACACGAGCCUCGCUCCGGAUCAGCUGCUGCUUCGUGACGUUAUGGUUGUUAUUUUCUCGAAAUCCUCGAACGACGAGCUGCCAGUCAAGGACUCAAGACUUACCGAAAGAGAAGGCGACCGAAAGGAGAGAGACAUUUAAAGAGAACCGAUAAAGAAGGGAGGAGGAAUUGUGCGAAGGCGAAGAAGUGAAGGACACGUCUCCUCUCACGAGAGAGAGCAGCCGCGGGGAUAUCUCUUGCGAUCCGUCCGUCGAAUUUCCGAAAAUGGGAGUUCCGUCGUCCGCGAGUACGGAAAUCAAUAUACUGAAGGAGAUUCAUUAUUUAAAAAAUUUCUAUACACAAAUGUCGGACAAAAUUUGUUGACGUAACAGCGCGAUGCAAAGUUUCACCUCAGAAAACGUUUCAAUGUCGAAAACAAAAAUAUAAUUCUAAACCGCUCUCGAAAACAGUCUGCUAAGACGGUUGAUGACGGUAGGAUCAGUAGUUGACAGUUGCUGAAUUGCGAACAGUUCGAUAGUGCAUUGAUAGUGGUAAAUCUUUUAUACACAAAACAUGCAUUGGUCUCUUAAAUUAGUUCGUGAUAUUCUUUACUCUUCAAACAUCGGUCAGAUAGAGCAAUACAGGCAAAAGACGCAAACAAUUUUACAGUCCAGUGAAAGAACUAAUUGUCCGAACAGAAAGUUUAAAUUCGUAAAGCCGAAAGUUCAGUCAGAUCUGAUUUCCGAUUCUCCUUUGAAUUCUAAAAUGUUACCUGAAAGUUCAGAUAAAAGUGUACGUGUAGAAUCUACAUUGCGCGCCACAAAUGUUCACGUUAAUCCCAAUUUUAAGCCACAAAAAUCAACCGUACAUAUCAAUCCGAAUAUCCACGCUAAGCCUUUAAUACAUGUUAAUCCAAAAAUAAUGCACAACAUUUCUAAUUCGAAUCAAAAUCUAUUAAACAAUGUGAGCACAACAAACACGAAUACAACAAAAACAAGCACGGAUAACAGCACCGGGCAAGCGAAUGUCAAGAGAUCUAUAUAUGUUAAUCCGACAUUACUGAAGAAAUUAUCCUCUUCGAAAGAAAAAUUGACGAAUUCUAAAGAAUCAGUUACAAUAGAACGACCAGUUUGUUCGCGAUUGAAGCUUGUGAAAAAUAUUGAUAAUCGAAAGGCUUCUCCGAGAAAGACGAAUAACUCUAGCAUUAUACUUUUAUCACGUAGAAAGCUCGUGAGAGUAUCUGCUACGAAAAGCACAUCGAGAACGUCCCCGUUGUAUCAACGUAGAUCACCAAAAUAUGCGGAGUUAAAAGAUAAAAAGUUCGAGACAACGCAAAAAUCCGCGAAAAUGAAACCGUUAAUGAUAAAUAAUACAUUACAGUCCACAAGUAUGAUAUCCAAUUCAUCAAAAUCAAAUAUCAAUAAAUCUAAUAGUAAAUCUAAAGUGACCAAAUAUAAAAUAGACAGAACUGCGUUACACGUAUUGAAAGCUAAAGAAGCUGGUCUUUCAGAAAUGACGAAAAUUGUUUUGCAUUGCAGAAACGGCACAAAGAAACUCGUUACUAUUGGCGGUAUCGUUUAUAGGGCUUCCAAAAAUAAGUUAAUUCGAAGAAACUCUUUGUUGAAACGAAAGCGAUCAGUCAGUGGGAAGAGUGAUAAAUUUGUUACUCUUAAUAAUAAGAAACAACGACUGGGCAAAGAAAGUUUAAGUCACACAACAGAAAUGAAUAAUAGCAGCAAAACAAAAUUUACUUACAACGCUGCUGCGAAGGCUACUUAUAAAAAUAGUAUUAGCAACAAAGCAAAACAACGAAGCAUACGAAUCCUACGAAAUAAAAUGCACAAGAACAAUCAGCCUUGCUUGAUUUUUCAACGAUUCGGAUCUUGUCCAAAUUAUAAAAAGGGGACAUGUGUCAAACGACAUGAUAAAAAGCAGGUGUCGCUCUGCAAAAAUUUUCUGCAAGGGAAGUGUUUCUUAAGCAAAUGCUCCUUAUCUCACGACGUUGGACCUGAGAAAAUGCCUACAUGCAAGUACUUCCUCGAUGGCUGUUGCACAAGAGACGCCUGUCCUUAUCUUCAUGUUAAAGUCUCUUCGAAUACUUCAAUCUGCAUAGAUUUUCUACAAGGAUAUUGCGCUAAGGGAAAUAAGUGCCAACGUCGUCACGAGUAUCUUUGUCCUGAAUUUAACAAGUCGGGAAAUUGCAGCAAAGGUGAGUGUUGUCCUUAUCCUCAUAAAUCGUAUUCCUCUAAUUCUGAGAAAAACACUAAGUACUUGAGCAAAACGCAUGAUACGCAAAAAUAUCAUGCUGCACCUGUCGCAGAGGGUAAUUCCGAGAUCUCAAACUCGGAGGGCAGAUUAAGAUAUUACGAGAUAACUGAUCGUUUGUCUGAAGAACUUGAGAAAAAGAAAGAAAUUCCAAUUGUCGAUCUUGCAAAGGAAAUUAAAAUUAACGAAAUUAAGCAAGAUAAAUCCUUAGUCCGAGAAAACAAACGUGAAUUAGAGAUAACGGUUUAUGAUUGUAAUAACGUAAAGAAAGAGGUUUCUUUUGGCGGUUAUAUCCCUAUUGAUCAUCUUUAAUUAAUAUUUAUACUUAUUAUCUUUUUUUUUUGGUAAAUCUUUUAAGUUGAGUUAAUUUAAGAUCGUCGAAAUUAAAUCAAUGAAAUUAUUUUAUUCUCACGUAAUACAUGUUUAGAGAUCUCAUUUUUAAUGAUUGUUAUAUAUUCAUUACAAAAUUAUAGAUUUUUCAUAUAAUAUAUUUAAGAACUAAAUCAUAUUUGUUACUGUUUUCUAUUUUAUAAUAAAAUAUAUAUUACAUUCUAUUAUAAA